UCACUCUAAAAAAGCAGGGAUUUGAGUUAAAAAUACACUGCAGCUAGUGUCCCUCUCUCUCUCUCUCUCAGUUACAGCGUUCAAUUAGGCGAAGUUAUAGUGCAAAAUUUAGGGAUUGAAAGGCACAGAACAAAAAAUGAGUCGGUUUCAUAACGAUCCUAACCCAUUCGAUGAAGAAGAGGUCAAUCCUUUCUCGUACUGGGAUUUGGCAAUUCAAAGCACCAUAAGUUGAGAUAUGGAUAACAUGGAUCCUGUGAACCCUAAUGGUAGUACAGCUCCUGCAUCAAAGACGCGUAUUCCUCCUUUGGGACCAGAACCUGCAGGUUUUGGACACAAUGAUGCAACAGUGGACAUCCCACUUGAUACAAUGAAUGAUCCAAAGAAGAAGGAGAAAGAGCUGGCUUCUUGGGAAGCAGAUCUUAAAAGGAGGGAAAAGGAAAUCAAAAGGAGAGAAGAUGCUGUUGCAAAAGCUGGUGUCCCUGUAGAUGACAAAAACUGGCCUCCUUUUUUCCCCAUCAUUCAUCAUGACAUAGCAAAUGAAAUACCCAUUCAUGCUCAAAGGCUGCAGUAUUUGGCUUUCGCAAGUUGGUUAGGUAUAGUUCUUUGUCUAGUCUUUAAUGUAAUUGCUGUGCUGGUCAAUUGGAUUAGAGGCGGAGGAGUCAAAAUUUUUCUUCUUGCAUCAAUCUAUGCUCUAUCUGGAAUUCCUAUGUCAUAUGUGUUAUGGUACAGGCCUCUUUAUCGUGCAAUGAGGACGGAUAGCGCAUUGAAGUUUAGUUGGUUUUUCCUGUUCUACCUGCUUCACAUUGGCUUCUGUAUAUUUGCUGCUAUCGCCCCUCCAAUUGUCUUCCAUGGGAAGUCAUUGACUGGUAUCCUUCCAGCAGUUGAUGUCAUCUCUCACCAUUUGUUAGUUGGGAUUUUCUACCUAGUGGGGUUUGGCUUGUUUUGCUUAGAGUCUCUUCUUAGUUUGUGGGUUCUUCAGAAAGUUUACAUGUAUUUUAGAGGGCAUAAAGGAGAUCACUGAAGGUUGGUGGACCAAUUUUCUAGUAUAUUUGCUGCAUCUCAGAGUGUUUCAGUAUAUUCUUACUCUAUAUUCAUCAUUUCUUCAUUGCGAGGAUCAGUUGAGCUCGUACAAUAUCAGAAGUGCUUAGUGUAUGUUAGGAAUUGAUGUAUUCUGAUUCAAUAUGAAUUUAUUUCCAUCUGUCUUUCUUAUAUUUAGUUAUGUUAUUCUGUAAUUUUGCAUUUAUAGAGCACUAAAUUUUUUCUGAAUUGCUCCAUCUGCGGAUCUCGGGCAUUAUGUUAUGUUUGAGUUUGCUUCAA